UCUUGGCAACGGAAGUUGAACAUUGUUGUUGCUGCCAAGAACUUCCUUGACCGAAGCUAACGUUAACCAGCUGAAUCCAAACAGUUUUGAAGUAAAAUGUCCACCUGUUGCGUGCCUGGCUGUAAAAAUCGACAUUCUUCAACGAGCAAACUGAAAUUUUACAGAAUACCGUCUGGAUCUCGGCCGUUUCAGGCCAACCGGAGACGUUUAUGGCUACAAGCAAUCCAACAAGCGAACGGCAGCACCGAGGUGCUCAAAGGAAAUGCUCGUAUUUGUGGCGCUCAUUUUAAGUCACAGGAAGCGUCCAUGGACCACGACAGUCCAGACUUUGUGCCUUCUUUGUUUACAUACGCUAAACAGACCCCCAAUAAAAAAGUGAAAAGUUUUGUUCAAAGGUUUUACGGUCGUAGAAAAAGGCAACGCCGUACAGACAAAACGGCAGAAACCGAGGAAGAAAAAACUCCACCCAGAGUUGAUUCUCCUGUGGACCUCCAGUCCUCUGUUUUGAUGGGGGAAAUACAGAUACCGUCAGUGCCAAAGGAAGGAGAAACAUUAACUAAAGAGGCUGAGACUGAACGUGAAACCACAACAAUCAAAUCAAAAACAACACCCAGCCCAAACAAGACCUCACCAUCAUUUAAAGCACCACCAGGCAUCCUACAUCUAGACAAAAGGAGGCCCAUUGUGUGCCUAAAACAUGUAUUUGUACCAUCAGGUGGGUAUCAGUGUGAGCAGUGCAAUCAGUACUUCACCAAUGUACCGCAGCUUAUGAAACACAAACGGGAGCAUGAAGAAGAAAGCUCCUUUAUCUGCGACAUUUGUGAAAAGCAUUUCACAAGUCAGGCAGAUUUUACGGAGCACCAGUGUGUCCGCGAGCCUUCCUUUCCAUGCAACGUGUGUGAUCGAUCUUUCACUACAAGCCAUAACCUCAAGCGUCAUAAACUGCUGCAUGUCAAAGAUGGCAGGAAGUGCGCCAAGUGUGGCGUACUGUUCUGCCAGCGUCAUAACCACAUUUUAUUCCUGCCGUUGGCUGAGUCUGUAACCGAGUAUGAAGAGGAUUCCACCACCAUCAAGCGUCGACAUUUCGACAGUAAGUUGAUGCCAGAAAGCCAUCUGCUGGAGAAGCCUGAGCCAAGCCAGACUGCUGACCUGAUCUCUAUACCAUUGUUUCUAAAACCUUCCUCUGUGUCACCUCUACCCCCGCCAGUUCCCAGGCUCUCAAGGAACCUGCACAACUAUCCUGCAACCUCCAUUCAGCCCCUUCCCCCCCAACAUCCAGAACUACCCCCCGCACUAAAGCUCUUUUCACCACAGUACCUCACCUCAGCAUUACUUGAGGUUAAAAGAAAUUAUGAAUAUAUUUUAAGCAAACCAAGUGAUUGUAAGAAGAAGAAUAUUGUGAAGGAGGAACACUCCUCUGAUUUCUCCAGAUGAGCAAAGCGUUGAGCACGUCAAAAAGAAAAGAAUUGCUUACGACCUGGAGAUUGUGCGCUGAUCUAAACAGUUUGACCUCCUAUGUCAAACUAGCACGUUUGCCUCAGCUGUAAUGAUCAACAUUUCCUUACUACUUAUACCAAUAUCAUCAUAAAGCUAAUUUUCUUUUUACAUUCUGUAAAAACAAACUCAUUAGUCUGUUAGGUACAUGCUAAAACAUAAGCUCAUUUAGGCUUGUCCUGCUGCCACUAAGCCACACUUUUGCUGCCUGUAUGGCAUGAAGUGGUCACAUUUUGUUUAUGAUAUAU